AAAAUGACUGCCAUUAACAGCAAAGUUAAGUCUCUGUAGACUGCUGUGGAGUAAAUUUACAAAUCAAAACAUGUUUAUUAGGUAGUCUGUUGUAGUUUGUAUGAGAAGGAGUUACAUAGAACCCAAAAGUUCUAUGAAACCUCACAGCUCUUAACAAUAUCUUAUAAAUCAGGUUUUUUUUUUUUUGGUGACUCGGCUGACUUACUGUCAUUCCACCUGCAAGGCCAUGCAAGGUGCAUUUUUGAUGCAGGAAGCGUUGGAGAAAACCAACUAUUUUAGCUGAAUUGAAAGCUUGUACUCUGAAGUUUCAUCUUCAAGUUGAUCUGAGCUGCAAUUAGACAGACGGAGACAUGUCAUCCAACUCAAAUGAGGAAACAUCAGGGCCAACAGUCCCUCCAAGAGCAGCCGGGAUCUUCGUUGGUCAGACGUUGCUGAGCAGCUCCACUUCUUACUCCGUUAUGCAGUUCAUUGGUGAAGGCUAUUUUGGCAGAGUUGCCCGAUGUCUGAAUAGGGGAACCAAUGAAACAGUGGCUGUAAAAAUCCUUAAAAAAGACACUAAUUCUGACCAGGACGCAGAGAAGGAGGUUAGCAUCCUGAAGCUCAUUAGCGUCCUAAACCCAGACCAGUGUAACCUGGUCAGGUUUUUAGAGACGUUCCAGCAUUUGGGAUAUAAAUGUCUUGCCUUUGAAAUGCUGGAGUUGGAUCUGUACCAGCUGAUUCUGCAGAUGGGCGAGAACCCCAUGGCCCUCUUUAGGAUCCGACCAAUCGCAAAGCAGCUGCUGGUUGCCCUGGAUGCCCUGAAGAGUCUGGGUGUCCUGCACACGGACAUCAAACCCGAUAACGUCAUGAUUGUCAGCAAAGGGGAUAUCAGGAUUAAAUUAGUCGACUUCGGGUUGGCUGUUCUUGCCUCUCAGGUCCAGCCCGGUUAUAUGGUUUCGCCGGUGGGAUACAGAGCUCCAGAAGUAUCUCUCGGCCUCCCCUUCACCGAGGCUAUAGACGUGUGGGGAUUGGGCUGCGUCCUUCUCUUCCUCUACGUGGGGGAUAACUUCUUCUCCGUCACCAGUGAAUAUCAGAUGAUGAGGCACAUUGUUGAACUUCUGGGUCAGCCGGAGGAUCGUCUGCUCCUCGCUGGACAGUAUUCAGAGAAGUUCUUCAUCCAGGAGGAAACAGCUGAGGGGGAAACGUGGAGGCUCAUGACUGCAGAGGAAUAUUCUACUAAAAACAACACUGAAGACGAACGGUGUGGGAGCUCUUCAGUGCAACCCAAAUCCUUUGAUGGUCUAGUUGAUAUGUAUCCAAAAAAGAAUGCUGAACCCGCGGACAGAUUAGCUUUUGUGGACCUCUUGAAACAGCUUCUGCACCUUGACGGGGAUCAGAGAAUCUCUCCCAGUGAUGCUCUGCAGCAGCCCUUUUUCACCGGGUCCCUCUUGAGCACAGAGUGCUUUACUCCCUCCAAACUCACUACAUCCUGCAGCUCAGAGGAGAACUCUGAUGAAGGGCUGGAUUCCUCUCUAGGCUAUGAGGCAGACGAAGAAGGAUCGGACUCUGUAUUUGAAUCAAUGGCUUACUGGAGCAUGACCGAUGAUCUGUCAGAUCCAUCCAACAAUUUGCUGGAGAGGUUUCACCGAUUCUUCAGAGGAAUGAAGAACUCUCUUUUUUGCUGCUGGUCCCCCAUCGUGGAGUACGAGGACUCUUUAACUUAACUGCACCGUUAUGUAGACCACAUUUUUGCUUGUCCUCUUCUUGAGAACAAUUGCAAUAAUUUUAUCUAAAAGCAAAGUAUAAAGACAAAAAAGCUUGA